AUGGCAGAUGAAGCAGUGCUAACUCUGGGUCCAAAAAAUCCGACGUUGUUGGUGAAACAAAACAAACAUGUGUCGGGAUAUGUUUGGAACCAAACAAGUAAGAAAGUCUUGAAGCUGAGAUUACCCCACAUUCCUUUGAAUGGUGUCCCUCCACAAAUCGAACAAUACGUUCGAUUGGCCGGAUUUUACGAGGUCGCUCUAUGUGGUUCUCUCAAACAAGACAAAGUGUUGAUAUCCGCAUUGGUGGAGCGUUGGCGGCCCGAGACGCACACCUUUCAUAUGCCGUUUGGAGAGUGCACCAUCACUCUUCAAGAUGUUGCCGUUCAGCUGGGAUUAAAUAUUGAUGGGCAACCUGUUACCGGGGUGACAUGGUGUGACUGGUCUGAUCUCGUUACUCGUGCGCUAGGAGUCACUCCACCGCGACGUGCUAUUAGAGGAAGUUGUUUAAACAUGAGAUGGUUAAACCAGUGUUUUGAUUUUCAAAACCUAGGUGCACUUGGGCCGGCAGAAGCUGAAUUUGCUGCAAGAGCAUUCAUUUUGCGCUUGAUUGGCACUUUCUUAUUACCCGACCACUCGGGAUCACAUGUGCCUCUAAGAUAUCUACUACUAAUAGAGAAUUUAGCUCUGGCCUCCACGUACAGUUGGGGUUCGGCUGUGCUUGCAACUCUCUAUCAUGAGUUAUGCCAUGCAACCGGUUAUGAACGACAAGAAAUCGGUGGUUGUACUUAUUUGCUCCAAAUCUGGGCUUGGGAAAGGAUUCCAAUGACUGCCCCUGAAAUCAUACCGAUGUUGCAAAUCGGCUGCCCCAUCGCAGGAAGGUGGGGAAGAAACCCAAAUCGUGUUGACGUUGGUUGUCAAACGAAUCAAAUUGAUUUGUGGCGGAUCAAGCUCGACAAACUGAGAGCUGAAGACGUAAGUUAG